AUGGCACCUUCCCCCCUCCUCCCCGUAGAGUUUCUCGUCGCUGGGAAUGCGAGUUCCAGAUGCUCACCACCCGCUGGCGACCACCCGGUCCAAUCUGUGACUUCAGAUUUGUUCUGUCGUGAGCAACACGACAGCCUCCGUCCACCAUCCGCUUGCCUCGAUCGCCGGCUGGCCAUCAAGCCGAGCGCAUCGCUCGCCAUGAGCACCAGCAUACUCCAGCGGGCCGAGAUUUUCGCCUUCGUUGUCUACAUCAUUGCCGCCAAUCUCGCGCUUCACUGCACCAAGUUUGUGAAAUGGGAACGUGCACUCGAUCUGCGUCAAGGGCUCCAGAUCCACAGCUUCAUGGCCCUCACCAUUCUGUUCUCGGCCCUGUACUGCAUCGCGAGCCAGCUGCUCAUGUUUGAUCCCUGCACCUCCGAUCCGGGCUGCUCGCAGCUCGCCAGCUACAUGUUUGCCGUGAGCGACAGCGUCGGCUCCACUUCGAUCGGAUGGGCGUACAUUCUUCGUCUUCGGGUCAUGACCCUUAACAACGAGCCAAUGUAUGCAUGGCUCUUCCUCUUUGGACUCAUGCCGCUUGCGUAUAGCGUCAACGACAUCUACUUCAUCCUUAGUACGUACGGCGUCAUCUCCUCAGCACAAUCAGCGUACUACAACUUUGUCUUCAAUCUGGCACUGGAGAUCAACAUCGGCUGUCUGCACAUCCUGAUGAUGUACCGGCUCUACCACCUGAAUGCCUCGAUCCGAAUUCUGCGGACUGGAUCGAGCCGCACCACGUCGGCCAGCGACAGCACAGGGCGGCAAAGUGACGACAUCGAGAGCGUUCAGCGCGAGGGCAUUGUGCUCAUCGUUGCCAUCGCAACGGAGCUGGCCCUGUAUCUGGGCUUUCAGGUCUACACCCAGUUUGACUCGACGGGCCUGAUCGGGAAUGCCGUCUGCGUAUUCCUGUGGGUCUUUGAUACUUUCAUAUUCUGCGUCGUUAACGGCUUCAUUGCUCGGCUCAUCAAACUGUCGACGAGCCGCUCGGCCGUCCGCGAAUCACCGAUCCUGAGUUCAGAUCUGCCUGGAUCGCCCUCAUUCUCGAACCAGGCAAAGUCCCUGGAGGCCGCGAGCCCGCCGUUGCGGAUCAUCAUGCUCGGCUCCCACGACUCGGACUCUUGUCGCAACCUCCUUCCUGAGAUCGUCUAG